CUUUCCUUCUUCCCCCCUCCCACACUUGUAGCUGCUGCUGGCUCCCCCAGGUUGCUGACUGAGGUGAGGAGGUGGGGGCAGAAGAGAAGGGACGAAAUCUUUCUUCUGGUCUCUUAGCUGCCUGUGGACUCUCAGAACCCACUAAAAAAGGGCAGUUUCCAUCAGCAAAUCUCCAUGGCUGUCCUUUGCAUUUUUUCUAGAUACAGGUCUGCCAGAGGGUCUGCGCCUCAUCUCUCCAAGGAUGGGUCACCUGGGGACGUUCUGCUUCCCCCUGGGGCUCCUAUUUGGCUCUGUGCUGUUGGUGGCCUCCGCCCCAGCCACGCUCGAGCCUCAUGGCUGCAGUGACAAGGAGCAAAAGUUGACUGUCAGCCACACCUACAAGAUUGAUGUGCCCAAGUCCGCCCUGGUCCAGGUGGAGGCUGACCCUCAGCCCCUCCGUGAUGACGGGGCCUCACUCCUGGCCCUGGGGGAGGCCGAGGAACAGAAUAUCAUCUUCAGACACAACAUCCGCCUGCAGACACCACAGAAAGACUGCGAGCUGGCAGGCAUUGUCCAGGACCUCCUGGCCCGGGUGAAGAAGCUGGAGGAAGAGAUGGCAGAGGUGAAGGAGCAGUGUGACACCCAGCGUUGCUGCCAAGGAGCUCUUGGCAAGACUGCUUUGAAGGGAAGGCUGGCCAUUCUUUUACUCUCCCUCGGUGGUCUGGUGCUCAACCGCUGCUCACCGAGUUCCACCCCUCUUUCCUCGCCCCCUCCAUCCCGUCUGGUUCUGCGCCCAGUGGUGGCCCCCCAGGGCCUGCAGCUGCUCAGGAGCACCGAGGAUUCCCUGCUGGUGAGCUGGGAGCCCUCCAGCGAGGUGGACCACUACCUUCUCAGCUACUACCCCCUGGGGAAGGAGCUCUCCGGGAAGCAGAUCCAGGUGCCCAAGGAGCAGAACAGCUACGACAUCGUCGGCUUGCUGCCUGGAACCAAGUACAUAGUCACCCUGAGGAACGUGAAGAAAGACGUUCCCAGCAGCCCCCAGCACCUGCUGGCCACCACGGAUCCUUCUGUGCUCGGCACGGCUUGGGUGACUGACGAGACCGAGAAUUCCCUGGACGUGGAGUGGGAGAACCCCUCAACCGAAGUGGACUAUUACAAGCUGCUGUACAGCCCCCUGACGGGGCAGGAGGUGGCUGAAGUCACUGUGCCCAAGAGCAGCAACCCUAAGAGCCGAUAUGACAUCACCGGUCUGCAGCCUGGGACAGAGUAUAACAUCACAAUCGUCCCCAUGAGAGGAGACCUGGAGGGCAGGCCGAUUCUCCUGAAUGGCAGGACAGAAAUUGAUAGCCCGACCAAUGUGGUCACUGACCAUGUGACAGAAGACACGGCAGCAGUGUCCUGGGACCCCGUCCAGGCUGCCAUCGAUAAGUACCUGGUGCGCUACACCUCUGCCGACGGGCAGACCAGGGACACCGCGGUGCCGAGGGAGCAGAGCAGCACCGUCCUCACGGGCCUGACUCCGGGGGAGGCGUACAGAGUCCACGUGUGGGCCGAGAGGGGCGGGCAGGAGAGCAAGAAGGCCGACACCACGGCCCUGACGGAAAUUGACAGCCCCCAAAACCUGGUGACCGACUGGGUGACAGAGACCACAGCCACCAUCUCCUGGGACCCGGUGCAGGCCGUCAUUGACAGGUACAUGGUGCGCUACACCUCCGCCGAUGGAGACACCAGGGAGAUUCCAGUGGGGAAGGAGCAGAGCAGCACCGUCCUGACAGGCCUGAGGCCGGGUGUGGAGUACACGGUCCACGUGUGGGCCCAGAAGGGGGACCGGGAGAGCAAGAAGGCCGACACCAAGGCCCCGACAGAAAUUGACAGUCCAACAAAUCUGGUGACCGACCGGGUGACGGAGACCACAGCCACCAUCUCCUGGGUCCCUGUGCAGGCCGUCAUUGACAGGUACAUGGUGCGCUACACCUCUUCUGAUGGAGACACCAGGGAGGUUCCAGUGGGGAAGGAGCAGAGCAGCACCGUCCUGACAGGCCUGAGGCCGGGCGUGGAGUACACGGUCCACGUGUGGGCCCAGAAGGGGGACCAGGAGAGCAAGAAGGCCGACACCAAGGCCCCGACAGACAUUGACAGCCCCCGAAACCUGGUGACCGACCGGGUGACGGAGACCACAGCCACCAUCUCCUGGGACCCGGUGCAGGCCGUCAUUGACAGGUACAUGGUGCGCUACACCUCCGCCGAUGGAGACACCAGGGAGGUUCCAGUGGGGAAGGAGCAGAGCAGCACCGUCCUGACAGGCCUGAGGCCGGGUGUGGAGUACACGGUCCACGUGUGGGCCCAGAAGGGGGACCGGGAGAGCAAGAAGGCCGACACCAAGGCCCCGACAGACAUCGACCCUCCCAGAAACCUUCGUCCGUCUGCUGUGACACAGUCUGGUGGGGUGUUGACCUGGACACCCCCCUCGGCCCAGAUCGAUGGCUACAUGCUGACCUACCAGUUCCCAGAUGGCACCACUAAGGAGGUGCGGCUCAGACAAGGGGACCAGAGGUUUGAGUUGCAAGGCCUUGAGCAGGGUGUCACCUACCCUGUCUCCUUGGUUGCCUUCAAGGGUGAUCGCCAGAGCAGGAGUGUAUCCACUGUCCUCUCCACAGUGGGUGCCCGUUUCCCACACCCGUCGGACUGCAGUCAAGUUCAGCAGAACAGCAACGCUGCCAGUGGCCUGUACACCAUCUACCUGCACGGCGACGCCAGCCGGCCCCUGCAGGUGUACUGCGACAUGGACACGGAUGGCGGCGGCUGGAUCGUCUUCCAGAGGCGCAACACCGGGCAGCUGGACUUCUUCAAGCGUUGGCGGACCUACGUGGAAGGCUUUGGGGACCCCAUGAAGGAGUUCUGGCUUGGACUCGACCAGCUGCACAACCUGACCACCGGCACCCCCACCCGGUACGAGGUGAGGGUGGACUUGCAGACGGCCAACGAGUCCGCCUAUGCCGUGUAUGACUUCUUCCAGGUGGCCUCCAGCAAGGAGCGGUACAGGCUCACCGUCGGGAAGUACAGAGGCACGGCAGGGGAUGCUCUUUCUUACCACAACGGGUGGAAGUUUACAACUUUUGACAGAGACAACGAUAUCGCUCUCAGCAACUGUGCCCUGACGCAUCACGGCGGCUGGUGGUACAAGAACUGCCACUUGGCCAACCCCAAUGGCAGAUACGGGGAGACCAAGCAUAGUGAGGGGGUGAACUGGGAGCCCUGGAAAGGACAUGAAUUUUCCAUUCCUUACGUGGAGUUGAAGAUCCGCCCUCAUGGCUACAGUGGGGACGACAUCCUAGGCAGGAAGAAGCGGACACUAGGAGGAAAUUCGAGAACGUUCUGAUGACCCAUUUGAGCAAUCAUCGCAUGAGAAAGAAGCAGCAGAGAGGUGUUCUCUCUGACGACCGAGGGGCUGAGGUAGCCUGAUGCUUGUGACCUCCCAUGACCACUGGGUUUUGAGGAAAAAGGUGUAAAUCUCCCCCUUUCAAAAAAUUGCUGUCACGAGGAGGAGCGAAGGGACGAAGGGAACCCAAAGGGACCACGCGGAUUCGUGUUUAGCCGAGCUCUGACUCGCACCGGCGCGCUGGGAACCGAAGCCUCCAAGUGCCUGCUAUUUUUAAGUGUCCUCUCUCCAGCCUUUUGCAUAAUUACUUUCAUAGAUCUGCAUAUGUUGUGAAUAAAUUCUCACUCAUUUCAACUUUAAA